AGAUCGCAGACCCUCGCGCACGCCCGUCCCCGGGCACCUCCAGCCACCCCACAGCGCACCGGCGCGGAGGAUGCGGCGGGCCGGCGGGCCCCGCGCCGGGACGCUCCGUCGCUGAGGCACCGGAGGAGGCUCCCGCGGCGCCGAGGAGAUGAGGCUGCCCCUGGCCCUGCUGGCCCUGGCCGCCCUGGGGGCCGCCGCCGGCGGCAGCGGGGCGGGCCGGGAGGCGGAGGCGGCGGCGCAGGCGGGGCGGUUCUCCACGCCGGAGCAGCACCGCUGCAGCUGGGAGCUGCGCUCGGCGGCCGGGGCCAGCGAGCUGCGGCUGAGUUGCCGGCCGCCGGCGGGCGGCGGGGCGGCGCGGAGCUGCGCCUACCGCGGGGAGCCGCGGCGCUGCCCCGCCUACGGCGCCCGCAGCCGCCAGUACUGGCGGCAGAUCCUGGGCCGGCUGCGGCGGCGGCGGCACCCCUGCGCCCGGGGCGGCCCGCUCAGCGCCCGCCUCUGCGGCCCGGGCCGGGCGCCGCCCGAGGCGCAGCUCCGCCUGCUGCCCGCCGCCGGCCCCUCCCCGCCGGCCGCCAGCGCGGAGCCCGCCGCGGAGCCGGCGGAGAGCUACUGCGCCGAGCGGUGGCACUCGCUGUGCAGCUUCUUCGUCGGCUUCUGGGAGGGCUGAGCCGCCCCCGCCCCGCCGCAGGGGAGCGCGGCCGCCGGUCCCCCGGGGA